AUGGCCGACGUUCCCGACAUGCAGAUGAUCCCCUACCUCACGGCCACGGAGCCACGCAACUUCGUGGAGCAGGGGCUCCAGCGUUACAACGAACUGCUGGAACGGCUGGCGGAGCAGAUGGACGUGCUGCUGCUUCGGGCCCAGCAGGGCGAGCCCAUCGACGCCGGUCUGACUGAGCAGUUGUCAGCCCUGCGCGAAGCCCUGCGCCCCAGGCACGGCCUGUGCAUCGACCGCGCCUGCUUCUCCUGCCGCGUCCACGAAGAAGCCAUCAAGGAACACGUCCUGCUCUACGUCGACUGGAAACUGCCGGGGACCGUCCAGCAGCUGGAACGCCUCAAGAACCGGAACUAG